AGACCAGCGGGGGCGCUGUAACAAGAGUACCGUUUAAUGUAAACCGUCAGCCAUCUGCCGCAGUUAGCAGAAGAUCCAGCGGGAUUGGAAAAUGGAGGAUUGAGAAUUGAGAGCGUAUCGCGGCCUUUAUAAGAAGUUGAACCUGCAUCCCUCUUCUGAUAAUUGAUCUGAUGACAUUAAGUUUGACAAGUCAACACUACUGAAGUGCAGGCUAUCAAAAAUUGGCUAAUGCACAAAAGCUGCUUUUCCAAAUGAGUUUGAAGAUGAAGCUAAAGAGUUGCUAAAGCAGCCAGCUGCACCUUUAAAGGCCCAAACCUAAAGUGAAGAGGAUUUGGAGUUUCUGUUGGUUUUAACAGAGCAAAAUGCCAGUGGAGACGACCGACAGUCCUGAAAACCGCUGUCCUGUACGGCGCAGUGGCAGGCAGCCCAAGCGAACGGACAAACUAGAGGAGUUCCUCAUGACUGCCAAAAGGGGCUCCAGAAAAAGUGCUCCUCCUAGUGUUGAAAGUGGUGAUCCCCCUUCCCAAACCCCAACAGAUGCAGAAACGGCAUCUGAAGCUAGUUUUGAUGGAAAUGCGGACUCCAAGAUAGUAGAGGACAAAGCAGAUUCUCCAGAGAGGAGGACACGAAGUAGUGCAAAGAAACAGGUGCAGAAGAAAACUCAAGGAGGCAGACAGACGAGAUCAUCUGCAGGGAGAGUAAUGGUUAAAGAAGAGGGGAGCUCUGAGAAUGAGGAUGAUGGGAAAGAUGAUAAGAGUGGUCAAUCACAAGAUGGCAGCCAGGGGAUGGAAGAAAGCAAACCGGAUCCUGCCUCUAAGGCUAUAGAGAGCAUCAAGGCAGCAGAGGACUCUGAGAAGACGGUUCCCCAAGAGACCAAUGUAGGGGGGGCUAAAAGUGAGACAGAGAAGGAGACGGAUGAAGAAGACACUGAGAAGUCUGAAGUGAUGACUCGCAAACCAGUCAGGACCUAUGUCAACAAGAAAAGGGUUUCUCAGAAGAGCCCUGUGGCAGCCAAACCGCCACCUGUAAGCAGAAAUACUGUACCUGCUAAGAAGGAAGCAAAACCCAAAGCUGUUGGAAAAAUUAGUAAACAAGAGACAACGGAGGAGGAGGACGACGAUGAUGAAUCCUUCACUUCAUCAUCUUCAUCUUCGUCCUCAUCGUCAAAUGAGUCCGACGACGGAGGCUACGACCCCAACGCACUAUACUGUAUCUGUCGCCAGAAACACAACAAACGGUUUAUGAUCUGCUGUGAUCGCUGUGAAGAAUGGUUCCAUGGAGACUGCGUGGGCAUUACCGAGGCCCGCGGACGUCUGAUGGAGAGGAACGGAGAGGACUACAUCUGCCCCAACUGCACAGCAAAGAAGAACCAAGUGGUCAGACCUGCCACAUCUAUCCUCCCUACGAGCACAGAGAUGGCAAAACCCCGAGCCGACGCUGCUUCUCUGAUUAUUGCUCCAGCUGCUGCCUCCUCCUCUGUGGAGAAAGGCCCAGGCAGCGGGGCAGGUUUAAAUCCGUCAGCUGUUCAGCCUGUGGCGCCCCCUCCGCCUUCCUCAGCAAGCGGGGCAGAAGAGAGAGCAGCUGAAGAUCAGGGCAUCAAAGGCAGGAUCGAGAAGGCUACUAAUCCAUCUGGAAAGAAGAAGAUAAAAAUCUUCCAGCCGCAGGCUAUUCAUCAACCGGCUGAGCCGAAACCAGACAAAAACGCUGCGUCAGCUGGGGAGCCGAAGGUCGCAUCCGCAGCAGAGCAGAAAGCUCCACCAGAACCAGAGCAGAGGGUUGAAACUACGGUUGAAGUGAACACCUCUCCAGUUGUGGAGGUGGCUGAGGAGAAGGCAGAAGAUGACUCCUCCCUCCCUAAAUGCAUUGGUCCUGGCUGCGACAGAAUCGCCCAGCCUGACUCUGUGUACUGUGGGAACGACUGCAUCUUGAAACACGCCGCAGCCGCCAUGAAAUCCAUCACUGAUGUCAAAGAACCCAAGCAGAAGGACAAGCCCAAGCCUCAGAAAAACAAGGCUGCAGCAAAGAAGCCUGGAGGCGGUGGAAAGGCGCAGAAGAAGACCCAGAGGGUGUCAGACAGUAGCAGCGACGAAGACUUCAGUCCGGAUCCAGAUGAGGAUGACGAAGACCAAUACGCUGAGGAACACCCGCCGCCGCCGUCCACCGCUUCCUGGUCCAGUGACCAUAAUUACAUUGCAGUAACACCAGAAAAGACUACACCCAUAUCACCAACAGUGUUAAACAAAAAGUCUCCCCCCAAAGAAGAGAAGAAGACAGAGAAGGAGCAAAGCCCACCUCCUGAGAAAUCCAGCAAAGCAUCUCCGACUCUACGCAAAGGAAAAAAGAAAUCCCCUGCACAAAAAAACACUGCAGUCGCAUCUAAGACCAAGAAGUCCUCUCCGCAAACUGGCAGCUCGAAAGUCUCCAAGAAACAGACGGCAGCCCCGACUAAAGCUGCUGAAAGUUGCAAGAAACCAGGCAAAGCCUCUGCUCCAGCCGCAUCUCCGUUUUCUUCAGGUCCCAUUCAUGCCACAGGGGCUAUCAGAGUCACCAAGUCUAACUUCACUAUUCCUAAAAAGCAGCCUCAACAGAAAGACUCCACUUCUCAGAGUCAGCCAGAAUCUUCACGAGCACAAUCCUCUUCAGCGUCCUCAACUCCAUCCAGCCACUCCUCAUCUUCCCGGUCCUCCCAUCCACAUGUACCAACCUCUCACACUUCACCUGUGAGGCCACCAGCUAACAACCAGAUGAGGCAGAACAUCCGACGCUCACUCACUGACAUUCUCUUCAAGAGGGUGAGUGACAGCGACGAUCUAAAAAUGACUGAAAGUGAGGUGGGAAGACUUGCAUAUUCCAUUGAGAAGGAGAUGUUCAACCUUUGCCUGAGUACUGACAGCAAGUACAAGAACAAAUACCGGACCCUCAUGUUUAACCUGAAGGACCCUAAAAACAAGGGUUUGUUCUACAAGGUGAUUGGUAGACAGGUCACGCCUUUCAGACUGGUGAGACUAAGUGCUGAGGAGCUGCUCUCCAAGGAAAUUACAGAGUGGAAAAAGCCUGAAUCUGCUGAGGGUCAUUCUCGGACCCAUUCCGGGCAUUCCAGACAUGGAAGUAGGCCGGACUCUGGCUCCCACAGCGUAGACAUGGAGGAUGCUCCCCCAUCUGAUGCAGAUGACCAAGAUGAGGCAGUCUCCACUCCCUUGGCACCAGCCCAGCCGUCUGCUGAAGGGAACAGUGGCACCGGCAUGGUCGAUGUUUUCAGCAGCAUGCUCAAAGACACAACUUCUGAACACAAAACUCAUCUUUUUGACCUCAACUGUAAAAUAUGCACAGGACAAAAGGCAGAAGAUGAACCUGCAUCCAAAAAAGCCAGGCUUUCUAAUAAGCCAGACAUCAAGCCACCAAGACAAGAGUCAAGGUCAUCAAGGUCUGGAGACCCACCUUCUGCCAGCCCAGCAACAUACCCUCCCCUGGAACCAUUAACAUCCCACCCAUCAGUCCCUUCAUCCUACCCCUCCAACACUGGACCAGUUGCUCCUGAAACUCCACAGCUCUAUCAGGAGGAUCCAAGCGUCAUGGCGCCUCCCGCUCAGACCCCUGUGCUCGUUAGUCCAGCCGUCUCUUCUGUCAGCAUCUCUCGCAGAGACCCUCGCAUGGCUCGACUUAGCUCUGCUGUGAGCGUGGCGCCGCUGGCCCUUGAGAAACCCACCAGUAACACAACAGACUCGAUCCCAGUACCAGUUCCUGUUACUGCUUCUGUUGCUCCUGCAGUGGAUAUUAAAGUACCUCUGCCAAUGCCUCCAGCUCCACCUUCAGCGGUGGCUGUAACCAAAUCGUCUAAGAAAAGCUCAGCUGAACCUCCUCCUGAGGGGGAAACGGCGAUCUUCUUGCACGGCCAGGAGACUAUAUGGAAGGGAUUUGUUAACAUGCAGUCAGUCGCUAAGUUUGUGACCAAAGCUUAUCUGGUUUCAGGCUCCUUUGAACACCUGAAAGAGGAUUUACCUGACACCAUCCAUAUCGGAGGCAGGAUUUCUCCCACCACUGUUUGGGACUAUGUUGGAAAGCUGAAAACUUCACUCUCUAAGGAGCUGUGUCUGAUCCGUUUCCAGCCAGCCACAGAGGAAGAGGAGGUUUCUUAUGUCUCCCUCUUCUCUUACUUCAGUAGCAGAAGAAGAUUUGGCGUGGUAGCUAACAACAACCGUCGCAUCAAAGACCUUUAUCUCAUCCCACUGGCAUCAAAGGACCCUUUACCCUCCAAACUAUUACCGUUUGACGGGCCAGGGCUUGAACCGGCUCGCCCCAACCUCCUCCUUGGAUUGCUGAUCUGUCAGAAGGACAGAAAGCGAGGUGGUGCACCAAUUGAGACAGAGGAGAAACGCUCCAAGACUCAAACCAAAGACUCAGAUGAACCUGGACUUCCAAAACCUGCCCCUGCAGUCAAAUCAGAUAGAAGCACGCGGCAGAGUCUUGAAAUUCCCUUCAGCACAACUCCCCCAGGUUCGCCUCCAUCCACCUCCUCUGAGACCCCUAGCAGCACGACAACUGCCCCGGUCUCUGUUCUCUCUUUGCUGUCGGCUAUCAAAGCGCCAGACACCUCUGGCGCCCCAGGAAAGGAUGCCGCAUCCAGCUCUGCUCCUGCCUCUGUAGCAGCUGCAUCACCUCUUCAGACAAUUCUUAAGAUGGUCUUCAAGAACAAAAAGCAGGAUUCAGAUGCUUCUAACUCUCCGUCUGACCAAACUGGAGAACUCCCUGCCACUGCUACAAUGUUAGACCCCAUUGUUCAGCAGUUUACCCAGAAUCCAAAGGAGAAACCAGUUGAAGAGGAUGAAGAUGACAGGCCGUAUGAUCCAGAGGAAGAGUAUGAUCCCAGUCGGGUCUUUAAUGAGACCAAGAAGCAUACUAACGAGUUAAUCAAACCUGAGAUCGUUAAGAAGCCUGAGGCAGUAGCAACUGAAGCCGAUGAUGUAGAGUAUGAUCCUGAAGAUGAUUCGAUUUUUGAUGAAGUAAAUUCUUUGAAACCAGAACAAGCAAAGCCUGUAACUGAAAAUGCACCUGAUGCAAAGACGAUUCUGGAAAAUCUCAAAAGAAUUGGAGAACAAGCAUUGCAGAAGCAGGCAGAACAGCAAACACUGUCAACAGAGACGGCUGCUCCAGCUUUGAUUCUUCCAAACACUCACUUACUGCAACUUGGCAAAAAGGUAGAAGAACUAGUUAAGUCGUCAUCAGUUGCUCCUCUGACUAACCAGAGAAAAGAUUUGAGACAGAGCAGGGAUCCUCAUCAGGCUGUAGGCGAUCAGACGCUGUUUGAACCUGAACAUAAAGACACAGAGACAACUCCUCCUCUAACGGAGCCUUCUCCCUCGGCACCCCUGGCACAAGACCCACUACAGCCUAAAGUGGAAGAAAACAUUGAUGCUUCACAAGGUACAGAGACAUCGCUACCACAGGAUGAGGAAAAAGAUGACAUACUUCCCUUCAUGAAGUCAGAAGAUGAAGAGGUGUCGAUUCCUUUACUAGGAGAGAAAGUGGAUCACGAUAUGGAGGUCAGCUACAUGAGUGAUAGAAAAAACAAAGCUAAGGAAGAGAUUAAAGAGGAAACUGAGAUGGACAAAUACAGCGUUUGGCCAAAUGCUGCAAGUAUUUUAAAAGUCAGUCAGGAUUCUGAGUACAUAGAAAGUGGUCAAGAUGUGUCUUCUUCAAGGUAUCACAGAGAGUCUGCAGAUAACUCCACUAGAACCUCUGCCAUCCCAGUACUUACUCAAAGCACUAUAUCUGAUACUCACUCUCGUCACAUGUCGCACCAUCAAACAGUUGGAGGCUUUGAUAAUGAGUACCAACCUAGAACUGACAUUCCCUCCCAGUCUAGCUAUCCCCCUCCUCACUCCAUGCAGGGUCAGAACCUGAUAAUGAGGCCUCCACCUCCGUCCAUGCUUCCACGCAUGCAGGGUCCUCCUGUGUCCGGUCCUCCUUCAAUUCAGGGGCCUCCUCCAACUAUCCACGGUCCAACCAUAGUCAUGCUCCCCCCCCCACACCAAGGUGAUGGCAACCAGCAAUAUGGCCCACCUCCACCAUCCUACCCUCCCUACCAGAACCAGUGGCUGAACACACAGCAACCGCCUCAGCAGCAGCAGCAGCAACCUCCUGGACCACCACUUCAGAAUAUCCUGCCACCAAGAGGACCACCCAUGCCAUUCCCUCCAGUUUCUCAAAGAGCCCCUCCUCCCCAAAUGUUUGAUCCCUCCAUUCCCCCUCAGCACAUGGGACUACAAGGCCCACCGCCAAACAUUCCCCCACGGCCAAAUUUUGAUGGACCGAACAGCGUACAGCCACCAAGAUUCACAAGUCCUCUUCCUUUCAAUUUCCCUGCUAACAGGGGUCCUCCUCCACCUUUCUCAGGACCACCACCAUCUACACUCUUUGAUUCUAGGCCCCCUCAUCCUACACUCUUUCCAAGCCCCAUGCCUCCCCCCCCCUCUCAGCAAUAUGGUAAAGACACUCCCAAUAAAUCCUUUAAUCCCAGUAUGGACCAGAAUCCAAAUCCGCCCCAGUAUUUUAAAGAGAGCCUGGGUCCUCCAGGACCCUCUGCUUACCGUGGAGCUCCACCUGAACAGUAUGAGGAGAGGAGAGGAAUGCCUUCUGGCAGGGAAUUGAGUGGACCACUCUUCAAACCACAUAACCAGUAUGGCAGUUCUAGGCCACCAUCUUCACCACUAGAGCGUCGACCUUUUGAUGAAUCCAGAGGACCCCCAGCUCAGGAGAAUAGGCCCCAACUUUCCCACAUUUCAGAACGAUACCGUUUUGAUUGGCAAUCUGAUGAGCCUAGACCUGUUCGCCAUGGUAUGCCAAUGCUAUUACCUCCUUCAGAAGGAUCCUAUGGCCCUCCUGGUCGCCAUGGAGCCCAAAGUCCAGACCUACAGAGAGAGGACCAGUGGCGGCGUCUUUCUCCUGAUAGGAGGAGAAGCAGCACCACCCACGAGGAUUUGGAAGCUCGCAGCGGAGAACGUGGAGAGCGUUUGAGCCGCUUUGAAGUACCACACAGAGAACUUGGUUCUGGCUCACAGUCCUUAGACGAUAGACAGAGAGAGCUUUCUGAAGACUGCAGGAGGGAAAGAGAUAAGGAGAGUCCUCAUGGUGGCAGGUCUUCCUGGGACAGGGGGGUAGGAAAGCGCUGGAGCCGGGAACAAGAUUGGGACCGAGGCAGGGAGAGAGACAGGGAAAGGGAGAGGGAUCCAGAGCGGGGAAGAGAAGGAGAGCGCAGCAGAGGGAGGGAUAGUGAGAAAAGCAGAGAGACAGAGGGAGAGAGACACAGGGAUCAAGACUCUGAGAAAAGGAGGGAGAGGGACAAGGAGAGGGACAGAGACCGGGACAGGGAGCGAGACAGGGACAGGGAGAGAGACCGGCCUAGGGAAUCUGACCGGAGAGACUAUGACCGUGACAGAGUAAGAAACAGAGACAGAGAGCGAGACAGAAGACGAGAUCGCUCAAGAAGCAGAGACCAUGACCGGGAUCGUGGAAAAGACCGGGCGAAAGACAGAGAAAGAGUCAAAGAACGGGAGAGAGAGAGGGAACGAGACCGGGAUCGUGACAAAGACAGAGAUCGUGACAGAGAUCCGGACAAGAGAAGCAAAGAGAAGAGGUCGGACAAGAAAGAAAGUAAACGUGAGGCAUCCAAGGAGAAAACUAAAAGCUCAGACAAUGACAAGUAGACUUCAACUGUUUAUAGACCUUUCAUGUACUUAAAUCUUCAUCCAAGCAUCACUAUUAAUGUGUACGAAAAGUAUUUUUGUUGAAUUUCAUUUUCCAAAUAACUAAGUGGAAAAGGCUCUAAAGGAUAUAACAACAAUCUUUAUAUUCUUUGUCACCUUAAUAUUUGUACGUUUUUGUAUUGCCUUUGGUAGAAAUCCAAGUUGUUUUGGGAAAAGACAUGGAGUAGUCCACCAAAUCCUGACAGAUUUACCCUUUUCUUGGUUGCAAAGUUUUUUGUUUUUUUUGGGGGGGGAAAAAAAUGUGAUUGUUCUAGAUACCAAUUACACUAUGUAAAUAUGCACAUAUUUCUGUAUAUACUGAUGUUUUUAUCCAAACUUUUCUAAGUGGAGAAAGUAAAAGCCAUAUAUAUGAGGUGGAAAAUGUAAAGGUUAAGACAGUGCUGUGGAGACGCAUCCAGCAGCUUUGAACUUAAAGCUUUUUAUUAACAGUGUACAUUACUUAGUGUUACUAAAAAUGUCCAGUUUGUCUCAGCUCAACCGAUUAAACCUGUCUUCUAAAGUU